AUGUCAACGAUUCAAAGGAAACAUGGAGAUUGGCCGUUCGAGUUGUUGAUUUUUGAAGUGUUAUCAACAGCAAGGGGUGAUAGGAUACAAGUUUUGAUUCGUUCUGACCACACACCGAAAUGGAAAGAACGCAUACGCGAAAACAUGUCUUGCAUAAUCAACAAUGGAACUGUUUAUGAUAACGAUUUUCAGUGGAAGCUUUGUGAUCACGACAAGAAGUUUGUGUUUAUUGGUGGUACGACUGUGAAGGAAGUUGAUAUUCAGAACCUUCCUCCCAAAAGAUUUUUUUUCAAAGACUUUACUGAUAUUCUUGGAGGCAAUUGUGAGAUGAACCGACUUGAAGAUAUUAUUGGUGUAGUUCAGGAAAUCAACAAUUUUCAAUAUAACAAUUCUGGAAAAAAGUCAUUUGUUUCAUUGAGUCUUAAAGACUUGAAAGGUGUCAUCGUUAACUGCACAUUAUGGGAGAGCUACGGAACAAAAUUUUUGGAUUUCUACCAUGAUGAAAAAAACAGUGGUGCUAUUGUGAUUGUACUAACUCAUGCAAUGAUAAAGGAAUCACAAGUCUCAAAUGGAUGGAGUGGAUCUAAAUUGCUUAUUAACAAAGACAUUCCAGAGAUAACUGAGUAUUUAUCAAAGUUACCUGCAAAUGAGCAGACUGAAAAGCCUUCGCAGUCCUCAAAGGGAAUGUCUCUUUGGUCUGGUGCCUCUCAAUUCACCCUAGUUGAAAGUUUCGUUCAUAAGGCCAAGUGUAUAUCUCUGAGUGACCUUUGCAAGGUGAAACAGGCAUCUGAUGUGAACAAUCCAUACAAAUGUUCAUGUGGACAGAAUGUAGAACAUGCCAUACCAAGGUAUCGAGUUGACAUAUAUGUAGUUGAUGGUGAAUCAAAAUUUCGCUUUGUGUUUUGGGACACUGACUGUGCCGACAUUAUUGGAAAGUCUGCUGAUAGAAGGUGA